AUGGUAAUGACGGUCGAUAAAAGGCCCUCCACUUCUCACGAAUCAAAGGCCAAUUUCUGGGGAUCGUUGAGGAGUCGAUCCAGUUUUGGCACAAAAUUGCCGUUUUUGCAUAGCAAACGGACCAGCCUCGCGUCGGAAAAUGAAAACGAGCGUAAACAGAUGAUUUUCGGGACGAUUCGAGGGAUGAAGCGCUACAAGAGACACUCAGAGCUAGCUGACUCCUACUUCGGCGGUGACCAACAGGUCCUGAUUUCGGCUCACCCGAUCCAUUCUUCCGUCAAUCUGAUGGCCGUCCGGCCGCAAAUCGCCAAAAGAGGCCAAUUGAGCAGUGAUCUUUUUAAUGGACCACUCGAGGAUACGGUAUAUGGCGCUUAUCAGCGGGACUCAGUCGCGGAGAGCGAGUGUGCCUUUGUCAAACGAUACGCAACAACCUUCGAUCAGUCCAUCGACAAUUCCAACACCACAACCACCACCUCCGAGUCCUUCUACGAGGCUUUUACAGACGCGGAAUCAUCGGAUUGGAGUGAUGCGAGAAGGGAUCGGCAUUUAGAAGAAGAAGCAGCAGCCAAGACAACAGCCACUCUCAACAAUACUGAAGACGAGAGAAUGAGAGACGAUUUUGAUAAGGAAAAUACGGGCACACAGCAAUUACCCUGCACAUCGGCCACUGCCGAAAUGGAAGGCAUGGGUAUUCCGCCAUUCUGUGGCGGUGUCAUGGAGACGAACUCGAGUCGCGAGAUGAAGGUGUUCAAGCGUGUGCUGCGCGACCCGGCCCUCCGGAAGCCCUUCCAGCACUUUCUCGAGCAGCAAUUCUGCGCCGAAAACCUGAAUUUCUACGUGGCCGUCGAGCAGUUCCACGAUUUGCCCCAUGAUUCGACGUCCAGGGCUGCGAUUGAAAACCGCGAGCUCGUCGCCCGGCGCAUCUACGAGCGCCACUUUGCCCCGAAUUCGAUGGAGCCGGUGAACGUGGACAACAGCACGAGCAAAAAGAUUCGCGAGUACAUCCAGGACCAGAAUUACAGUCGGCACGUGUACGACGUCGCGCAGUAUCAGAUCUUCCACCUGUUGAAAUACGACUGUUGGCCCCGUUACUUGAGAGCCGGGGGAGUGGCGCCCGAAUUCAGCGAUGAGGAACUCGCCGACGAGGAGGGCCGAAAGGAUUCUGCCCGCCCCGACCACGACGAGGCCGCCGGCCCGAGCAGCACCAAGGAAAAGGGCAAAUGGCCCUUCUUGGCCUUCAAGCCGGAUAGCCCCAAUAAUUCGACGAAAGACAAGCGCCGGUCGGCGUUCUUCGAGCGUUUCCGCUUCAUGAAGGGUGGAAAGGACGGGACGAGGAGUUCGGGCGCUGGAUCUCCUGUCAAUGAGCAACGCCAUCCGGCCAUCCAUCGCACCUCGUCGUCGAGGGCCGGAUCGUCGAGUGAGGAUCGCAGGAAGAGCUACAGCUCGGAGCUGGAGGACGAAGUGGGAGGCUGCGGGAAGGCGGGCGUCUCCUCUGUGGGCUCUCGUCGUCGCCAUCUCUUCACCCGCGACAAGCAGAUCUCAAUGCCCGUCGAGAUGCACGGUCCGAAUAAAGUGGCGCCGAAAGUGAUUAAAUUCUGCACAUUGAUGAGUGGAGAUUCACUAUCAUCGGAAACUGUCGAAUUGGAUGAUCCGAGCUUCUCCGUGGCCAAAUGGACACAAACGAUGGCCGCGAAACUCGGGUUGGAUCAGAAAUCCUGUGAAGCUGUCGAUGCACAGACUUCCUGCACGAUCGACCCAUGCCGUCAAGCGAUCGACGCCCUCCAGAAUCGUUUCGUCCGUAUCGUGGCCGUGGUCACAUUCGCCGUUGAGCUUCUCCCCAACAAUUUCAAUUUCAAAAGCCCCCAAUCUACGCCAGCAAAAAUCGUUCUCCUCCGUGCCCGUCAAUCCCUCUCAACUGCCGCCGCCUUGCGACCGCUAUUAGCGAAAUAUUCGAUCGAUAUCACGCAGGCUGUCGUUGUUAUUGGAGGGACGUUAGAGCAAAUUAGUCGCCUCUCCAUCCCGCUCGUGCAAAUCGGCUCGAGAACCAUCACCGUCAUGUCGCAGGCACAAUUUCAAGAGCGUCAGCUUGCGAAAGAGCCGCGAACGAAUUGGCGGGACCCGUUGAAUACAAUCUCCUUCGAGCAGAAUGCCCUCCUACAGUACCACCAACAUGGAGAUAUUUCGUAUUGCGAAAUCACGAGUGAGGCGGAGAGAUCGAGACUGAAGGGUGAGCACAGUCUCGGCUUGACGAAAUUUCUGCGAAAAGCCUCUGCCGCGGUCACAAAUAAAGAAACGGAAAGUCCAAAGGAGCAAAAACCACCCGUUAAAGGACCACAAUCGGUUGGUGUCCGACGGCGAAGUGGCCAAGGGGUCGCUUCCGGUGUCUAUUGCGGAGAAGAACAAAUGGCCGAUGCACAUCAAAAAGAACCCGCCAAGAAGAGGCUCAGUAUAUUUAAAAAUAAAGGCGAAGGCGACAAGGGGACGACCCCGGAAAAAAGCCCCGGUCCGGCGAGGAGAAGCCCUCAAUUAUAUGCGAAAGAAAGUAAUGGGGACACGCCGAGGACACCCGCUAUUUAUGCUACAAAGAUCAUCAACGACGAGGAGCCCGACGCGAACUCGUUCAUCUGGCAGCCCGCCGCCUACGUU